GAAUUUGCACCACUCAUUUCUUCCCUGCUGGUCUUGAACUCCUGGCCUCAAGCAGUCCUCUUUCCUCGGCUUCCCAAAGUGCUGAGAUUGAUUACAAGUGUGAGUCCCAGCUCAGUGUCACAGACCUUUGUGGAAGCAGCAACAGCUCCCAUCCUUCCAACCUUUCUGGAGAAGCCGUGGCCUGAUGGUGAGCCGAAUGGGCUGGGGGGGGAGAAGAAGGCGGCUGGGGCGGUGGGGAGACCUGGGGCCCGGAUCGGUGCCCCUCCUCCCCAUGCCACUGCCACCUCCUCCUCCUCCUUCAUGCCGGGGACCUGGGGGAGGGAGGAUCUCCAUCUUCUCUCUGUCCCCUGCCCCUCAUACAAGAAGCUCCCCCUCCUCAUUUUCCCCUCCCACUGCAGGGCCCCCUUGCUCAGUGCUACAGGGGACAGGGGCUUCUCAGCCUUGCCACAGUGGUCUCCCUAUCCCAGCCACCCCCCCAACACAGGCUCAACCUGCAAUGACACCUGCCUCUGCAUCUCCCUCCUGGGGAUCCCACUCCACCCCACCCCUGGCCCCGGCGACCCCCCCUCCCUCACACCAGUGCCCCCAGGACUCUCCUGGGCUGCGGGUAGGCCCUUUGAUCCCUGAACAGGAUUAUGAGCGGCUGGAGGACUGUGACCCUGAGGGGUCCCAAGACUCACCCAUCCACGGGGAGGAACAGCAACCCCUGCUUUACGUCCCUGAAGGGCUCCGAGGCUCCUGGCAUCAUAUCCAGAACCUGGACAGCUUCUUCACCAAGAUUUACAGCUACCACCAGCGGAAUGGCUUUGCCUGCAUCUUGCUGGAGGAUGUCUUCCAGCUGGGACAAUUUAUUUUCAUUGUCACCUUCACAACCUUCCUCCUUCGAUGUGUGGAUUACAAUGUUCUCUUUGCCAACCAACAAAGUAACCGUACCAGACCUGGGCCGUUCCACAGCAAAGUGACCUUGUCAGAUACCAUCCUACCCUCAGCCCAGUGUGCUGAGAGGAUCCGCUCCAACCCGCUGCUGGUCCUCCUCCUGGUCCUGGCUGCGGGCUUCUGGCUGGUCCAACUGCUUCGCUCAGUCUGCAACCUCUUCAGCUACUGGGACAUCCAGGUGUUUUAUAGAGAGGCCCUGCACAUCCCCCCGGAGGAGCUGAGCUCGGUUCCGUGGGCAGAGGUGCAGUCCCGCCUCCUGGCGCUGCAGCGGAGCGGGGGCCUGUGCGUGCAGCCGCGGCCCCUGACAGAGCUGGACAUCCACCACCGCAUCCUGCGCUACACCAACUACCAGGUGGCGCUGGCCAACAAAGGCCUGCUGCCGGCCCGCUGCCCGCUGCCCUGGGGAGGCAGUGCCGCUUUCCUCAGCCGCGGCCUGGCGCUCAAUGUCGACCUGCUGCUCUUCCGCGGUCCCUUCUCGCUCUUCCGCGGGGGCUGGGAGCUGCCGCACGCCUACAAGCGCAGCGACCAGCGGGGCGCCCUAGCAGCGCGCUGGGGGCGCACAGUGCUGCUGCUGGCCGCCCUGAACCUGGCGCUGAGCCCGCUGGUGCUGGCCUGGCAGGUUCUGCACGUCUUCUAUAGCCACGCGGAGCUGCUGCGGCGCGAGCCUGGCGCGCUGGGGGCGCGCGGCUGGUCCCGCCUGGCGCGCUUGCAGCUGCGCCACUUCAACGAGCUGCCGCACGAGCUGCGCGCGCGCCUGGCCCGCGCCUACCGCCCCGCAGCCGCCUUCCUGCGCACCGCUGCGCCCCCCGCGCCCCUACGCGCUCUGCUGGCCCGCCAGCUCGUUUUCUUCGCGGGCGCACUCCUCGCCGCGCUGCUUGUGCUCACCGUCUACGACGAGGACGUGCUAGCCGUGGAGCACGUGCUCACCGCCAUGACCGCGCUCGGGGUCACCGCCACCGUGGCCAGGUCUUUCAUUCCGGAAGAGCAGUGCCAGGGUCGUGCGCCGCAGCUGCUGCUGCAGACAGCCCUGGCCCACAUGCACUACCUCCCGGAGGAGCCCGGCCCUGGCGGCAGGGACCGCGCCUACCGGCAGAUGGCGCAGCUGCUGCAGUACCGAGCGGUCUCCCUCCUGGAGGAGCUCCUGUCCCCGCUCCUCACCCCGCUGUUUCUGCUUUUCUGGUUCCGCCCUCGUGCCCUGGAGAUUAUCGACUUUUUUCAUCACUUCACUGUGGAUGUGGCUGGGGUUGGGGACAUCUGUUCCUUUUCUCUUAUGGAUGUGAAGCGCCACGGCCACCCUCAGUGGCUCUCGGCGGGACAGACUGAGGCCUCGCUGUCUCAGCGCGCGGAGGACGGCAAGACUGAGCUUUCUUUGAUGCGAUUCUCCCUGGCGCAUCCGCUCUGGCGCCCCCCAGGGCACAGCUCUAAGUUUCUUGGGCACCUCUGGGGCCGAGUACAACAAGAUGCAGCUGCCUGGGGCGCCACCUCGGCUCGUGGCCCCUCCACCCCAGGGGUGCUCAGCAACUGCACCUCGCCCCUGCCUGAGGCCUUCCUGGCCAACCUCUUCGUGCACCCUCUCCUGCCCCCGAGAGAUCUGAGCCCGACAGCGCCCUGUCCAGCAGCGGCCACGGCCAGCCUCCUUGCCUCCAUUUCCCGAAUUGCCCAGGACCCCAGCUCUGUGUCCCCAGGAGGCACUGGGGGCCAGAAGCUGGCCCAGCUCCCAGAACUUGCUUCUGCCGAGAUGAGUCUCCAUGUCAUUUACCUGCACCAGCUUCACCAGCAGCAGCAGCAGGAGCCGUGGGGUGAGGCUGCAGCCUCCAUCCUGUCCAGGCCCUGCUCCAGCCCCUCACAGCCACCCUCGCCUGAUGAGGAGAAGCCAUCCUGGUCAAGUGACGGCUCCAGUCCUGCCUCUAGCCCCAGACAACAGUGGGGAACCCAGAGGGCCCGGAAUCUGUUCCCUGGAGGGUUUCAGGUGACCACAGACACCCAGAAGGAGCCUGACCGGGCCUCUUGCACUGACUGAGACGACUCCUCAGGGCCCCACUCCUGGCAGCUGAGUGCUGCACCUGCCUUCUCGAUCACAAGCCUGAGAACUGCAUGGGGGAGCAGCCCAGACUGGCUGGAAACCAUGUUUUCAGAGUGCAGGGUCAAGUGGCGUGUAGGACUCUCUGUCAAAAGAAUGACCCCUUUCCCCACCACAUACCCACAACUGCACAGGUUAAAACAGAAAUCUUGUCAUUUUAUAAUUGUAAUCCACGCCGGGUGCAGUGGCUCACACCUGUAAUCCCAGCACUUUGGGAGGCUGAGGUGAGUGGAUUACGAGGUCAGGAGUUCAAGACCAGCCUGGCCAAGAUGGUGAAACCCUGUCUUUACUAAAAAUACAAAAACUAGCCGGGCGCGGUGGCUGGCACCUGUAAUCCCAACUACUCGGGAGGCUAAGGCAGGAGAAUCACUUGAACUUGGGGGGCGGAGGUUGCAGUGAGCUGAGAUCACACCACUGCACUCCAGCCUGGGCGGCAGAGGGAGACUCCGUUUCAAAAAAGAAAACAAAAGAAACUGUAAUCCACAUGAGCUGGGUUAGGCACUUUAGUAGUUCUCAUAACAUCUGGCACAGUCUCUUACGGUAAAUCUUCAAUAAUAAAUACUUGAUUUAGAGAUUAGACUUUACAGGUAAGAUACUCCUGAGAGAGGCAAGAGGAAUCUAACAUUCGCCUAAGAAACAGGAAGGGGGUAGCAGUAGGCCCUGGGGUACCGCUGCUGGGAGGGGCCUUCCAGAUUUAGGCGGACCCAGGCCGGAGGCAACAGGCCUAGAGAGGGAAAGAGGCGUUUUGCUCCUUCCUGGAGGAAUAAUGCUGAAUCCUUGCAGCCUCUGGACAGAUGUGAGAAGGCACCACCUCAAGAGGGGAGGAGCGGGGCUGAUCCUGGUCGGGCGGACCUGAGUCGGGCAGCCGCUCUCCCGGAACUGGAAGGGAAAGCCAGGCGGCUCUCAUGGGCUGUUGGUGUCUGAGCCGGGCGGGUCGAACGCCCAGGGCACUGCGCCCCGCAAUUGCCGCUCCUGCAAGGAAAAGCUCUGGGUGCGUAUGCGGCUUGUCACCUCCUGGGUGCGCAGCGUGAGCCCGAAAAUGUCUUCGUGGUAGCGUUGCUGAUCCUGUCGGAAAAGGGCGCAGUGGAUCAGAACCCGACUCGGAGACCUUAGCAGGAACCCCGCACGCCCAGGCCCUGGUCCCCGCCUCAGGCCCGGCCCGCCCCUCCGCACCCGCAGCACGCCGAUGACGUCGCCGGCCUCGUCCAGCUCCAUGUUGCCCUCCGUCGCCAAGAUGCGCUGCACGGUCUGCAGGACGUUGGUUGCCAUGGUGACAUCGCCGCAGACAAACAUGUGGCCCCGCUCGAGGCACAGCACGCGGUGCACCUCCGCAGCCAGCUCUGUCCUCAGGAUGUCCUGCACGCUACCAUUGCGCCCUCAGGGUCUCACACCUUGGGGUUGUCAGGUUCCCGGGAGAAGGCGGUGAGGACUCGGCCAAACACCCCGCGCUGCUGGGCGUUCUGCACCUCGUCGCGGUAGAGAUGGUCGAGUUGCGAGCAUCGGCAGCCGAACACCAAAGUCAUGGGAGUGGGCUGCAGCCCUGCAAGCAACCCCGCGCUUGGGAAGGCUCUUCUCCGGGGCACAGUGCUAGUGGGGCCUCCCCACAGGCCACCGUCACCCAGCCUGGCAGCCCAGCGUUUUGGGCUGAAGCUACCAUUACUUUGGCUGUUUCAUCUCUUAAGAGUGCAGAAUGCUUUCACAGAGACCCUGCACAGCCCUGAUUUACAGAGGGAAGGGAAGCGCGG